AUGGCGACGGUGACGCAGGGCGUACUGCUGCGACUUCUGCAGGCGAUGCACACGGACGAGCGGGUCACCGGGGAGCACCGCUCGCCGGCGCUCCAGGUCACCGCCGUCGUGCCCGCGCUCACCGCCUCCACCGCCGACUCCCUGCUCUGCCCCUCCAACGGCUUCCUCCUCCAGCUCUCCGACGGCCUCCACUCCACCUACGUCCAGCCCUCCCCGCCCGACGCCGACGCGCUCCUCUCCGCGCGGCCCCACGUCGUCGGCCACCUCGUCCACCUCGACCGCCUCCGCUUCGCCAGCCCCGUCCCGCGCGCCGUCGGCCUCCGCCUCGUCCCCUCCUCCCGCGCCCUCCCCUGCGCCGGCUGCCCCGAGCCGCUCGUCGUCCGCGCCGCCCCGUGCGCCCGGGGCUACGUCAUCAGGCCCGACUCCUCCUCCGACGCCGCGCCGCCGCUCAUGCCCUCCGCCUCACGCGCCGCGCCGCCCUCCGAUGCUUCCUUCAACAGAACAGUCCUUGCUCCCAAAAACUUCCCGGAAGCCGCGGCGGCGCCGCCAGGCGCCGCUUCAUCCGUGAAGCGCCGGUUCUCGUCCCCGGCCCCAUCCAAGCAGCGAGAUCCAUCGCCUGCGGCCAAAGGAGCAUCACGGGCGGCAUCGCCCGCCGUCAAGGGCGCCUCACGAGCAUCUUCACCUGCGGUGAGAGCCACGUCCAGGUCCUCGUCGCCGGCGCCGUCCAAGUGCGUGGUGCCCAGCCUCGUCGCCGCCAAGGAGGAGAACCGCAGGGCGGCAAAGGAGCCGGCGAUUAUCGUGCCUUCUAGGUACAGGCAGCCUUCGCCGGCAGGAGGGAGAAGGGGAGCGGCGUCUCCCGCAGGCGGUGGGAGGCGGGGCUCCCUCUCACCGAGCUCGCGGCGGCUCUCGGGGGAAGGGGGCAGCAAGAAGAAGGUGCUGGUGUCUGGCAUCUCGAAGAUGACGGAUCUGUCAGGCGGGUCGGCUAUGAAGCCUGGGAGGAAGAGCUGGGACGAGUCGGCAAUGGCUGUCGCAGCUGCGGCCGCGGGCUCCGUCAAGAAAUCCAAGGCCAAGGUCGACAGAGAUACCAUUCUCAGGACUCGGGAAGCAAUGUCUGGGCGACUUAGUGAUGCUACGACAGAGCUAUCCAGCAAUGAUGAUUCAUCUGUUGAUGAGAGGCCAAAGCCACGAAGGAAGGCAGAGUCUACUGCAAUGAAGACAAAAACCGCGGCCCCAAAAAUCAUACUUCAUGAUGCGAAAUGGACUGAUGGUAGCAUUUCACUGGGUGCAGUUUCUGAUAAGCUUUCAAAGAUUGGGAAGGAAGCUACUGAAAGGAGAGACGCGGCAGCAGCUGCUGCAGCUGACGCUCUGCAGGAGGCGCUGAUCACUGAAUCUGUUAUCAGGAACCUGAGCAAGUUUUCUGAACUUUGUUCGCUAUCGAAGACCUCCAACCCCCUCCCGACAGUCGACUGUUUCCUUGCUGUCUACGAGGACACUCUCAAGUGGAAGAGAAUCGCUGAGUCCGUUGCCACCAACAAAGCAGACGAAGCUGCCAUCUGGGAGAAGUCAACCACUCACUGGGUCGAAGCAGCACUAGCAACUGAGCUGGAGGUCCUCAAGCUAGUCAACAGUGCCACCGGAUCCAUCUACCAGAAGAAGAGCAGCACUGAGAAGCCCAAGGCUCCUCCUUCAGUGAUCGAACCACCAAGAGCAAGCCUGUCGUCGAAGAGGCCGUCCGCUAAGGUCGUCCAGCACAGGGUGUCCCCACCUCUCCCUGCUGCAGCUGCAUCAUGGAGCAAGACCCCGGGCAUGAACGAGACCGUCGAGCUCGCCAACACGCUGUGGAGCGAGAUGCAUGUGUGGUUCCUGAGGUUCGUGAACGAGGCCAUGGACGUGGGCUUCCAUCUGUUCGAGGACCAGAACGUGGCGGCCAGGGGCAAGCAGAGCGGCCACAUCACGCUGGUCCUCUCGCAGUUCAAGAGGAUCAGUGACUGGCUAGACGGCGUCGGCAAGGUCGCCGAGGAGGAGGCCACCAGGGAGGGCGUCGAGCGGCUGAAGCGCAAGAUCUACCAGUUCGUCAUCAGCCGCAUGGGCUCUGCUUUCGAGAGCUCGGUCUCGGUUUCGGCCAAAAGUUGA